AUGAAUGGCGUCAAUGGACAUGCCAAUGGCCGUCCUGGCCUCAACGGGAGCUCGCGCAAGGAAUCGUCCGUCAUGGCACCCGCAUUCAUGGUCUCAGCGCCGGGCAAGGUCAUUGUGUUCGGCGAGCACGCAGUCGUCCAUGGCAAGGCCGCGAUGGCAGCUGCGGUCUCCCUAAGGACAUACCUACUGGUCACGAGUCGGUCGAAAUCGCAUCGAACAGUGCAGCUGGUGUUCCCGGACGUUGGGCUCGAUCACACCUGGGAUAUCGAUGAGCUGCCCUGGGACAUCUUCACGACUGGAAAAGCGCGAAAGCCCAAAUACUAUGACUUGGUGACAUCUCUGGACGAGUCAAUCGUGAAAGCCAUACAGCCCUUCAUCGACGAAGUUUCCCCGUCCGAGUCUCAAGAGAAGCGCAAGGUACAACAGGCAGCUGCCUCUGCAUUUCUGUACCUGUUCAUGUGCUUGGGAAGCCCAUCAUCACACGCUUGCAUCUAUACGCUACGAUCCACACUACCCAUAGGCGCAGGUCUCGGUUCGAGCGCCAGUAUAUGUGUCUGCUUCAGCGCGGCACUGUUGAAACAGAUACAUGUCCUGGCAGGGCCUCAUCAAGACCAGCCGGAAGAAGAGGUGGACACACAGCUUGACAGAAUCAACAAGUGGGCAUUUGUCGGAGAGAUGUGUAUACACGGGAACCCCAGCGGGGUCGAUAACACAGUAUCAACGCGAGGCAAGGCCGUUCUAUUCAAGCGAGUGGACUACACCAAGCCACCAAGAGCUACACCCUUGAAGGACUUCCCGGAGCUACCAUUACUCCUGAUCAAUACCAAGCAACCUAGAUCAACGGCGACUGAGGUGGCAAAAGUCGGCCACCUCAAGAAGAAAUACCCAGAUGUGGCGGAGCAAGCUCUUGACAGCAUCGACAAAGUGACCAUGUCAGCCUACAACCUCAUCACAUCCGAAGACUUUGACAACAAGUCCGAGAGCAACAUCGAACAUUUGGGAGACCUUUUCAGGAUCAACCAUGGGCUUUUGGUAUCACUUGGAGUCUCACAUCCCAAACUGGAGCACAUUCGAGAACUGGUAGACUACGCUGAUGUUGGAUGGACAAAAUUGACGGGUGCCGGUGGUGGCGGCUGUGCCAUCACGCUGCUUAAGCCUGACGUGAGCCGAGCACAGCUAGACAGCCUAAACGAAUCGUUCGCCAAGGCAGGAUUUGAGCAAUAUAAGACCACGCUGGGAGGCGAUGGAGUUGGCAUCCUCUAUCCUGCUGUUCUACGUAAUGGCUCAACCGAGAAAGGUGGCGAAGAAAUCGACCAGCAUAAGUUCCUGAUGGCAGAGGACGAAGAGGCACUCGAGACUUUGGUCGGUGUUGGCAUUCGCGAGAAGCGGUCCGAGUGGAAGUUCUUCCAUCUUUGA